AUGGGAGGUGGCAGCCAUUCGUCUUCGUGGGAAGCGCCUCGGAGCAUGAAAAGCGCAUAUGCUGUCGAUGGUGGCAUCAACUUUUGCGUCUCCGGCGUCACAGCGCUGCUCCGAUCUGAGAUCGCCCACGAUCCGGCGUUCCUAUCUGCCUUUGCAAACGACAUGUGGAUGGGCCAACGCCAGAACUCUGGUGACGACAGCUUCAUCACGCGCUGGGUCCUUUUCCAACACUUGUUCAAGCCGCAGCGCCGCGACGGGGAGGAGGAGCCAGUUCAGUGGAAGCUGGGUAUGCAGCUUACAGAAGGCGCCGAAGUUGGGACCUCCAUCAUGCCAGACUCACGGUUCGCGGGUCAGAUGAAGCGGUGGUACCGGAGCGGCCUGCGACACCGACUGAUGUGUCUCGUCUACGAACCUUGCUUCUGGGGCAUGUACAAGACAUGUCCGCACAUGACGCGGAAGAUGGUCGAGGGCAUGCUCAACCCGGUGCUGCUGUGGGUGCGGCUCUACUGCUUCUGGAGAACAUUCCACGUCUGUCCGUGGUUUGGCUGCUUCGUUCUCUCCAUGAAGACAUACAACUACCUGGACGGUUUGUUACAGUUUGCGACCGAAUACCCCUUUGCGAGACGCCAUCUGUGGGCUGCCGUGCUGGUCGACAGACUCUACCUCGUCUCGGACUGGUACUGCUGGGUGACAUUGGGGACCGAAGCAUGGAUCACGCGGCAAGCGGUCGAUCCGCCCGCUGCUGGGAGGAGUCAUCGAGAUUGUGUCAAGGGAGAAUAG